ACUAGUUGUCCUGUUAGCAGAGCAGCUAGCAGAGCCAGCGUGUGUAGACACAGAGAUACUAACAGCAUCUGAGUAAUCAUCAAUGAAUAGAAGUGUUAGCACUGGUUGUCCUCUUAGCAGAGCAGCUAGCAGAGCCAGGGUGUGUAGACACAGAUACUAACAGCAUCUGAGUAAUAAUGACUGAAUAGAAGUGUUAGCACUAGUUGUCCUGUUAGCAGAGCAGCUAGCAGAGCCAGCGUGUGUAGACACAGAGAUACUAACAGCAUCUGAGUAAUAAUGACUGAAUAGAAAUGUUAGCACUGGUUGUCCUGUUAGCAGGGCAGCAUAGUAUACUGUAGUAUGUAUACAGUACUCUUUAUGUACACAAACACACAUACCCCCAGAGAUAGACUAGGUCUAAUGAAGUGAACAGGGGUUAACAUAUUAUGUAAAAUGUAAAAUGUAAUGGCUCACAGAUCAAUAUCAGUAUUCCUUCAAGAUAAACAUUUUUCACUUUGAGCUGAUAAAGCUUUUUUGUGAAGACCUUGACCAUACCUGAAAAUUUAAGUCCCCACCGAGACCAUGCCCCUCCCCCACUCCUACUGUCUAUUAGCAAGAGGAAACUUUAUAAUUUUGGCUAGUCCACUGCCUUGUUAAUGCCUGUUAACAAUAUUGGUCUGUAACAAGACAAGAACUCCUAUAUUCAAUUUUUUUCUUUAUAAAACAAGGUUUGGAAAUAAAAAUUAUGGAAUUAAUUGUAAGAACAGGAUUCACAUCAUCUGCUUAUGUAUGUUAACCCUUUUAAACUACAUUUCAGUUGAUCAAUUUCAUUUCAACGAAGCUGUAGUCCCUCCACCUAGACUCAUCAAUACCUGAUAUGUUACACAGAUCCUGACGUUUUAAGUCCCCACCGUGACCAUGCCCCCCCCAUUCUGUUUCUCCCGGCUAAAGGAAAGUCUGUGGUUUAGGAUGGACUGCCACCCCCCCCCCCCCCCCCUCCUUUUUUACUGGCAGCGCGCGAAUUGAACUACCAGUUUGUUUUAAGCCACAGCUGGCCCGUAGGUAUCUGGUUGUGCUCUUUACAACUAUCUCCGUAGCACUCUGGUGUGCACUGGAUCACAAAUCCAGCGCUCCUUUUCUCAUUACCACACCUGCACCGCUCGGUCUGCGACAGAAGCGUGAGAUGCUCCGCACAUGAGACGGGGGACUCGGCCGUGGAAGCUCAGAGGGAAUGGAGGAUGGCACGAGUUCUGGAUUCACUGGGAUCAGCUCUGAAUGGACAGUCGUUGAAGGAACUGGCCCUGAACAUAAAGAGGCUCAAAGUCGCUACAUGUCUCGCAUCAAGAGACUUAAAACACAUCAUAAUGUGUGUGAGACACGGUAUGAGAAGGCGUUGACGGAGAGAUUUAACGAGGAGAGGGAGAAGACCUUGAUUCUAAAUCUGAACACAAUGGAAGUAGAGCAGUGCUCCAGUGAUGGUGAGAGUACCGUGAUCCUGGACCCCACUCCAGCUGAUGUUGCGAAGGACACAACUGUACCUGAGCUUAGUAGAACAGCUAGUGUACUUCUCAACAGACAAAUGCUUGGAUAUUCAGCAGAGGAUUCUCUAUCAAGUUUUGACUGUAGUGAUGAUGAAUACAUUCCUCAGUCUGCUGAGGAAACAGAGGAUUCAGAAGAUGUCAGACCGGACCAGGGUAAGAAGAAGAGGUUACAGAAAACACCCUCAGCCAACUCUGAGAAAGUAGAUUUCGGACCACGCAAGAGAAGGUGUUUGACAAAUUUGACUGCAAGUGAGAGUGGAGAUUCCUUGUCGGCUGAUGUGACUGUCAUGUCACAUAAGAAGAAAAAAGCUGGUGGAAGACUCUACAGCAAAACGUUCUACUGUGUGUUUUGCUGUAAGCCUUUGAGAAAAAUGGCACGUCAUCUGGAAUCCCAACACAAGGAUAAAGCAGAAGUCGCCAAAGCCUUUUCAUUUCCAAAGGGCUCAAAGGAGCGAAGAAUACAAUUAGAUCUAUUGAGGAAUAGAGGGAAUCGUGCCCAUAAUAAUGAGGUGAUUACAGAAGGAAAAGGAACAGUGAUACCCCAUCAGCAGCCGAAAAGACCUGUCAAAGCAUCUGAUUACAUGCACUGUGUAAAUUGUUUUGCUUACCUCAGGAGAAAGACGCUAUGGAGGCAUAUGCAGCGAUGUCAGCUAAGCAAGAAAGUAGAAGGUUUAAAGCCUGGAAAAACGAGAGUCCAGGCCCUUUGUGCAUAUGCUCAGCCAGUUCCAGACAGUGUGAAUGCACAAUUUUGGAAAAUGGUGCUUGGCAUGAAUGAAGAUGACAUAUCAAAUGUUGUGCGUAAAGAGAAAACCAUACUGAAAUUAGGGGAACACCUCUUCAAUAAGCAUGGUCAUGAUGUCACAAAACAUGAAUACAUCAGACAAAAGAUGCGUGAGACAGGGCGAUUAGUUCUCCAAGGACAGAAAAAUGGCAAGUUGAAGGAAAUGUCAGAUUUCUUUGUACCGGCUAAUUUCCCUCAUGUCAUUGAAGCAGUUAAGAAUGUGGCUGGCUUGGAUGAGGAAACAAGCAUAUACAAGACACCAUCUUUGGCACUGAAGUUAGGCCAUAACCUCAAGAAAAUGGCAAAUAUUAUUGAAUGUGAAGCAAUGAUCUCAGGUGAUGAGAAUGUCAUUCGCGAUGUGAAGUUGUUUAAACAAAUCUGUGACACCAAAUGGAAUGAAUGUGUUUCAUCCCAGGCCCUCAGGAAUUUGAGUGAGGCAAAAUGGAAUAUGCCACAGCUUCUUCCCUUUACUCAAGAUGUGAGAAAAAUGCACCAGUUUCUCAAUACACAAAGGAAGGAGUGGCAAACAAAAGUUGACGAAGAACCAAGUAAGAAGCACUGGGCAGAACUUGCAAAAGUUACACUUUGUGAGGUUAUCCUUUUUAACCGUAGAAGAGAGGGAGAAGUAUCCAAGAUGUCCCUUAAUGCUUUUACGUUGAGAGAUACUUCAUCGACUCAUCCCGAUAUAGAACUUGCUUUGACUGACCUUGAGAAGAAGCUUUGUAAGCACUUCCAGCGAAUCGAGAUAAAAGGCAAACGUGGACGAAAGGUUCCCAUUCUCCUCACACCUGAAAUGCAGGCAUCGAUGGAGUUACUUGUCAAGACUCGCUGUGACUGCGAUGUGCUUGAUGAGAAUCCAUUCAUGUUUGCCAGACCUCAAGCACUCAGUCACUUCAGAGGCUCAGAUGUUAUACGGCAGAUUGCUCGAAGCUGUGGGGCAGACAACCCAGAAGCAUUGUCCUCCACUAAAUUGAGGAAGCACAUGGCCACUAUGUCCAAGGUCCUCAACUUAAAGGACAAUGAAAUGGAUGACCUCGCUGACUUCCUUGGACAUGACAUCAGAGUGCAUCGCCAGUAUUAUAGGCUGCCCGAAGGCACAUUACAGCUGGCAAAGAUAAGUAAGGUUCUGAUGGCCCUGGAACAAGGAAAGCUCUCUGAAUUUAAGGGCAAGAAUCUUGAUGAGAUUGCCAUUGAUCCACAAGAGAAAAUGGCUGUGGACAGUGAUGCAUCAGGCACUGAAGAUGAGGAUGACCAGACUGUGAAGGAUGCUGCGCCGUUGUCUUCAUCUUCGUCUUCACCUUUGCCUUCACCAUUGUCGUCACCUUUAUCUUCACCUUUAUCUUCACCUUCACCUUCACCUUCAUCAGAAAAAUCCGGGGUAAAAAAGAAAUCCUUGAGAGGCGUUGGACAGGACAGUGACCCUCAUCCAGUCAAAGAGUCUUCACAAACCAGAAGAAGAAAGUGGUCCGAUGAAGAAAUCAAGGCUGUGGAGAGCACACUGAUGGAAUACAUCCGGUCAAUGAUGGUCCCAGGGAAAGCAGACUGUCUCAAGUGUAUUCAAAACUCCCCUACAGCCCUUAAAGGGAGAACGUGGAAGGGAGUUAAAUUUUAUGUAAAAAACCGAAUAGAUGCUUUAAAGAGAGAGAAGAAAAGGUAAGCUUUACUGUUUGCUGUUGGGUGGAAGCGGACUAACAGGAAGAUUUUUGUUUGGGCAGAUGUUUCCCCCUUUUUUAUUUUUUAUUUUUUAAACAUAAAACAUUUGACAGACACUUCAGCCAAAUUUAGUGAGUUCUUAACUGUGUGUAUAAACAGUGUUUCAGUCACUGUUUUUUUUUUUUUUUCAUAUUUGAUUCAUGAACAUCCGUAAACGUGGAAACGAAAUGCUUGAAAUGCUUUUAUUGUGAAGGAAAGCAGCGCAGACUCUCUGCUGAUGUAUUCACUGUGGGAGUAGCAGGAGGAGAGUGGGCAGACGGUCCAGAGUUGUAGAUGUUUUUGGAAGUAGGUUAUGUUUGGCAUGUCUGAAUUUGUUGCAAGAAUGUUUUAUGUGAAAAGGUUGUAUGAGAGGUUGUAUUAGAAGUUUUGAAAGGCAGCCCUAUAAA